AUGAUCAUACCUCUUCAACCUCGCUUGAGAUUGGGACGUAACAAGAGGCAGAUCGUCAAAGAUCCAGUAAAUGGUGUUCACACUCCCACUCCCACUCCCACUUCCACUCCCACUCCGACAAUCACGUCGUCUACUCAAAAGACAGAGUCGGAUUUAGCGGUGACAGAGAAUCGUGGGAGCAGGACUAAAAGCAAUACUGAGGUGAAAAGCAAGUUACUAGUGGCCAGUACCACUUCAUCGUCGUUGAUGGGUGCGAAGACUGGUAUUUCUCAGACUGGCUCAAGUAGCAGUGGAGAUGCCAAUGGGAAUACCAAUGGGAUUGACAAUACCAAUGGGGGCCAAUCAUUUUCUGCUAAAUCGACUAUAUAUCUGAAUACGUUUCCAGCUGAUUUCCCAAUCCAGACUCCCCUGCCUCCAUCAUCACAUAACCCGAACAAUAAUUACCUAUUCUUGAAAGAUCAGCAAGUGUUGGAUAGUAUGCUGAUAUUCGCUACUAUAUUCGGUUCGUUCCUUCUCUUGACGAUACUUUGCAUCAAAGGCAACUCGACAUACACAAGAAGAAACGAGUAUGAUAACGGUAAGGUAGAUAACGUCAUUAUGGAUGAUAUGAAAUGGGCAGAGGGGAGAGAAGUCAUAGAAAGGAAAAUCAUUUGGGAAACAGCUGGUACCAAGAAACUUCGAAGUGGUGCUGGCAGAUUAAGAAGAUGA